CAGUAGAGGCGUUGCUCUCGCUGCUCUCUGCUCAUUGUGCGACUUCGGCGAGAGAAAUUUCCGCUUCCUGCACCGAUAAACACCAGCGGCGAACACACACCGAGCCGACACCAACUUAAGCAGAGGGAGAGACGGAGAAAGCCGCGGGGAUUUGCCGCCUGCCGCCCGGUAGAAACCCCGGAGACUGCGAUGUUUUCACUGUCAGGCGGAGAUUAGCACUUUCCUGUUAGCGCUUCGCUCGCCUGCACCAUCCGGAGCCUGAAAAAACAAGGCAAAGCGAAGCGCGGAGACGGAGCUACAGCACCAGAGGAAGGACAACACACGGAGAAGGCAGACUACUACGGGUAUUCUCCCCAUUAGCUCCGCGUGAAAGCCCGUUUUCAGCCUCCAGGAUGUCGGAGCGAGGAGGGCUCCCGCGGACUGGGGGCGUCCCUUCGCCGCACAUGCAGCCCUCCAAGCCGGUCAGCAUCUCCAACCGGCCGGUCCAUAUGAACCUGUACGCUACCUGGGAGGUGGACCGCUCCUCGCCCAGCUGUGUGCCGAGGCUUUUCAAUCUGACCCUGAAGAAGCUGAUCAUGCUGAAGGAGCUGGAUAAGGACCUCACCUCAGUCGUCAUCGCGGUCAAACUGCAGGUGAUGCAGCACCCCAGCGAGGGCGCCCAGAUCCUGGGGCUGCACAGCCAGGUGAAGGAUGCCUCAGUGCCCGUCGCUGAGAUCAGAGUCUACUCCCUGUCGAGUCAGCCCAUCGAUCACGAGGGACCUAAAGCAAAGAUGUCUGAUCGUUCUCCAGACAUCGACAACUACUCUGAAGAAGAGGAGGAGAGCUACUCGUCAGAGCAGGAAGGCAGCGAUGACCCCAUUCAUGGACAGUAUCUGUUUGAUGAAGACGAGGAGGUGAGGAAGAAGAAGCCGAGGCGUAAGCUGCCUUCCAACGCUGGUAUCACCAGGCAACCCAACAUCAAACAGAAGUUUGUCGCCUUGCUGAAAAGGUUUAAAGUCACAGAUGAGGUUGGUUUUGGCCUGGAGCACGUGUCCAGGGAGCAGAUCCAGGAGGUGGAGGAGGACCUGGACGAGCUGUACGACAGCCUGGAGAUGUACAACCCGAGCGACAGCGGGCCGGAGCUGGACGAGACAGACAGCAUCCUGAGCACGCCCAAACCUAAGCUGAGGCCGUUCUUUGAGGGAAUGUCUCAGUCAAGCUCUCAGACGGAGAUCGGCAGCCUGAACAGCAAAGGCAGUUUGGGCAGAGACACGUUCAGUCCGCAGGGGGAGCAGCCUCUUCUGGAGAAGAUGAAACCUUCCCGAAGCCGCAACCUGGAUGAGAUCCCGUCUGAGACCGACACGCUGGAGCUAACAGACCAGGAGCUGUUCGCUGAAGUCGGCCCGUGCAUCAUGGUGUCCGUGGCAGAAAAACCCCGUACACCCAUUAAGAGCAGCAAAAGUGAAGCACAGCCGAUGGCAUCGCCGAGGUUGGAUGGAGGCCAUACACCAAGGCAGAAGCGCAUUAGCACUCCGAUGAAGGAGAGACAGCUGUCCAAACCUCUCAGUGAGCGGACCAACAGCUCAGACUCUGAGAGGUCCCCGGAGCUGGGACACAGCACGCCGUAUGUUGCAGAGCAGCUCCAGGUACAGAGACACCCGGUGGUCUGCACGUGCUCAGCAGCUGAAAUACAGGCGGUGCUGUCUGCCGUGCUCACUCGCAUCCAGAAGUUCUGCAACUGUAACUCGUCCAUGCCCAGACCAGUGAAGGUGGUGGCGGUGGGCAGCCAGAGCUACCUGGGAGCCAUCCUGCAGUUCUUCGUCACCCAGCUCGCCAACAAGACGUCUGACUGGCUGAACCACAUGCGCUUCCUGGUGGUGCCGCUGGGCUCUCAUCCUGUGGCUAAACACCUCGGAGCCCUCGACAAUCGCUACAGCUCCUCCUUUCUGGACGGGGCGUGGAGAGACGUGUUCAGUCGCUCAGAGCCGCCGCAGACAGAUCAGUUGGAUGUGGCAGGAAGAAUUUCCCAAUACAUCAGCGGAGCUACAGUAACACACCAGCUGCCCAUCGCCGAGGCCAUGCUAACCUGCAAGCACAGAACGCGGGAUGAAGACUCCUACCAGAAGUUCAUUCCUUUUAUUGGGGUGGUGAAGGUUGGUCUGAUCGAGUCUGGUCAGUCUCCAACAGGAGAUGCGGAGGAGGGUGUAGCAGUGAGCCUCGCUGUCCCCUCCACAUCACCACCCUCCCACGGCUCUCCCACCGGGAUGAUCAAAGAGACAGCCACGCCUCCCUCCUCUCCCUCCAUGGGGAGCGUGCUCACAGUUCAAGGGAGCCCCAGCAUGUCCCACGGCGUGGACGCCAUCGGCCUGCAGGUGGAUUACUGGCUGGCCUCUCUGGCAGAGAAGCGGCGGGAGGGAGAGCGGCGCGACACAGGCUGCAAGAACACGCUGAAGAGCGCCUUCCGCUCGCUGCAGGUCAGCAGGCUACCAGGCGGGGGCAGCAGCGAUCCACAGGCCCAGGUCAGCACCAUGGCCAUGACUGUGGUCACCAAGGAGAAGAACAAAAAAGUUCCUACCAUCUUCUUGGGGAAGAAGCCCAAAGAGAAGGACGUAGACUCCAAGAGCCAGGUCAUCGAAGGCAUCAGUCGACUCAUCUGCUCGGCCAAGCAGCAGCAGACCAUCCUGAAAGUGUCCAUAGACGGCGUCGAGUGGAACGACGUCAAGUUCUUCCAGCUGGCCGCCCAGUGGCCCACUCACGUCAAAUACCUACCUGUCGGACUUUUCGGCUACAGCAAGCCUCCCUCGUAGGGCCAAGCGCCUCGACUCCUCUAACCUGACCUGACCUUUCGACUGCCCUCCACACAAACCCCACCUCUCAGCCACCCGCAGAGCUGAGGGAGGACAUAAAGCAGCUGGAUUUUCUCCUUUUCCUUAAUCUCAUUUUGGCUUCAGUUGUCUUAUUUGUCUUUAGGGAGAGGAUGGAGGGUAGCGCUGGGGUGCAGUGCUGUUACUAGUCACUUUAUUAUUGCCCCCUUUCUGUGUGUGUUGGUGUGCUCCGU